AUGUCGACUCCAUCCUUAUCUCCAGGGUCUACUACUCCAUCAAAUGCUACUAUAACUCAAGAAGAACUCCAUCUACGUCAAUUACUUCAAGACCUACACAUUAAUACAGGUGAUGUCGUGCUAUUUGAUCGUCAAUGUUCAUCCAUGGGUCUUUAUGGUAGCGCUCUUUGUAUCUGUGCGAAAUUCUUUGGACAAACUCAAUGGGAUCAUAAUGGUGUAAUCAUUCGAGCACAACCAUCACCUUCUUCUUCUUCUACCUCCUCCUCUAUUGAUACACGUGGUAUUGAUGAUUUAUUUCUAUUAGAAGCAACAUUAACAGGUGUUAAAUUACGACCAUUGGUUACUCGUCUCUUACGAAGUCGUAGUCAUGAAAUUGCGAUCCGUCCAUUACAAGUACCACGUACAAUAAAACUGGAACAAGAAGCUCUUACAUUUGCCUUUGAGAGUUUACAUGCUCCCUAUGAAGACAAUCCUGCCAAGUUUUUCAAUGCAAGUGUCUCUGUUCCAAAGAAAAGUGUUCGUGAACGAAUGUUUGGAGCUUAUAUUGCAACAAAGAAAGAAUUAAUCCGACUAGACACGGAAUUAGAACAUCGUGAUAAAAUGCCAUUGUUUGAAAGAAAAGCAUUGUUACAAGAACGAGAAGCUGUGAAUGGACGAUAUCAAGCACUUGGAACUAAACUCAAGAGUACGGAACGAUCCGUGUUUGAAAAUGCUGUGGUUGAAGCAGAAGUGAGAGUCACCAAGAUGUUUUGCUCGCAAUUGGUUGCAAAAAUGUAUCAAGACAUGGGACUCUUGCUUCCAUAUCCAUCGGCAAAUUCGUAUUUGCCCAAGCAUUUUAGUGCCCGAGAUGGAGGAGAUUUCUUGCAAUUGCAACAAGGAGCAAGUUUCUUACCGGAGAUUUCAUUACGAAAGACGCUCGAGACACAAGUUGAAAGAUUUGCGACAAGAGCAAAGGAGGUGAAGGAACGAGGACCACGGACGGCAACGGAGAUUGCUGCUAUUGUACAUUGUUUACGACGUCAUCAGCUUUUUCAUACACUGAAUGAGUCCGAAUUAUUGGCAACAGCAUCGCAGUUUCGACGGCGCGUAUUGACAAAUGGAGAGGUGGUCUUUUAUCAAGGAGAUGCAGGCGAUUAUUUCUAUAUUAUUGAGCGAGGAGAUUGCGAUGUCUUUGUUGACUAUAACUUUGCCAAGACACAAAAAGCACUGCAGACAGCAGACUCGAACAGUGCUCCAAAUCCAGAGCAUCAACGAAAGAUUGCACUUCAUAAGCGCAAAACGCUUGCCCUGCCUGAGUUUAAGUCAUCAUCAAGUCUUGUAGGCAAGAACGAGCGCGUUCACGUAGCUACGAAAGGCCCUGGCAACGCUUUUGGAGAAUCGGCACUUAUGUACGAUACGCCACGACGUGCAACUAUUCAGGCUAGCACUUUUAACUCGGAUGAUGAAGAAGAAGCUGUGGUUGUGUGGCAACUAGACAAGAAUACGUUUUGUGAGAUUCUGGCGCGUCAUCCGGGUACUCAGCAGUCUUUAGAAGAGCGGCGUUUUUUGCUUGAGGCAUUAGAAGACCAUCCGUUAUUUGCCGAGCUUGAUGAUCAUGCUAAGGCAUUAGCUGUACGCAAGUGUUUUCCACUGAAUGUGCGAGUAGGUACAACUAUCUUGCGGCAAGGCGAGCCUGGUGACUACUUUUAUCUUGUUGAAAGCGGUCGUUGUGAGGUGUCCCGUCGCAAGCCAAAAGCAGCGAAGCCUUUUGUAGACCGGGUGAUUGGACGUGGUGCUACUUUUGGAGAAGCUGCGCUGUUGUACAAUAGCCGUCGCGGUGCCUCGGUGAAGGCGCUUGACGAUGCCAAGAUAUGGUGUAUGGACCGCGCAAGCUUUGUCACAAUUACGCGCAGUGGUUCCAGUGCCUUGCAUAGUAUUUUUCGAAAAGUAGGCACCACAGUCGUUUCCGGCUUAAACGAGAGUUUUGCUACGGAACGUGAUUUGCGUCGUAUGCUGACAGACGCUCAGAAGACGCAAUUGGUAAAGCAGAGCACUAACGAGGAUGACGACGAAAACGAAGAAUAUGGAAAGACAAUGGCACAUUCUACUCCACUGCCAUCAGUGGAUGCCUACAAUCGUGCAGUACAGCUCGCAUUGGCACUUUUGCUCAACGAUCCAUCCGGACUAGUUAACUUCUCUCAGUUUGCGCACUUCCACAUCGCUUUGGGCGCUUCUAAUAUUGACCAGCUCCUUCCAGAGGCUGCUUUCCGUGUGCUGAAGUCGGUGACAGAUUCGUAUGAUGGCGUUAGUAGCCGCCCCUCAAUACCGUCUACUACAUCGCCUUCUGUUUUUAACCAGGACGAUCCAGACCAAUCUGCUAUCAAACUAAACGAUCUUCCUCGUGCUCUUCAUCAGUGGAUGUGUGGCAGUAAAACAGCGGAAGCCGUAUCAAAUGAGCUGGAAACGCCGGUGCAGAUGACGCCUGGGCGCUUGGCAUUCUAUGAAAGUUUGUUUGAGUUGCCAGCGCAUCAGUUUGGUGACCAGUAUGUCACACACGACGAUCUGGUGCGUGGAAUUACAGCAUUUGAAGCGGAGGAUGCUCGAUCCGAAAGUGAGCAAAGCGAUGAUCGGCCUCAGUCAGACGAUGUUACGGCAGCCAAGGAAGAGUUUCGAGCAUUUUUAGCUGCCCUCAAGUCAGAUAUCAGCGCGCUGCGCACCAUCUGGCGAGCCGCUGAGCUACAAGCUGAUGGUGGGAACCGUCCUAGUGACUUCAAUGACCAGCAAGCGUUCUCGUUCAAUGCCCGUCUUAAGUUAGGUUGGCUUUCUGCUCUUCGGCAAAACCCCACCGGCAAUGAUUGGGAACAUCUGCAGCCCGAGAUGGAAGACAACACUCAGGAGACGGCUCACAAUGAAAUCAAUGCGAUAAUCCCAAGACAGCAGCUGACAGCGCAAGUCACUUGGUUCGCCGCUGCUAUUGCCGCUGGUGCAUUAGUUCGCACGGUGUGUGCACCACUGGAGCGGCUAAAAAUGCUCAUGCAAGUGCCCACCCCUAAGCCAACAGCUGCCUCAACUGUGACCGCUACAGCCAAGCUAUUAUGCAGUCCUGCCCCCUACACUUCAUUAACGAGGGGCUUGCUGAACGUGGCAAAGCUCAGUGGACUGCGCAGCUUGUUUAGUGGAAAUCUUACACACUGUAUCUGGGUGGUGCCUUCAGUACCUGCGAAAUUUGUUCUGUGGCAUAUCUACCAGGAACAGCUUGAACAUUUGUUUCCUGACUCCUCCGCGGCUAUCGAUGCAAUUGGAGUAGGUGGUCCUCGGUAUUCUGCGAGUAUGACUAACCUUGCGGCGGGUGGUUUCGCCGGUCUAACACUUCAUUGUCUAUUGUACCCAUUGGAUGUCAUCCGUGGACGGCUCGCUGUGCAGCAAUACUACAAUGCUAACCGUCCUUCGAGUGGCAUCAUAGACUGUGCUCGCAAAAUACGUGACAAGGAAGGCUUGCGUGGAUUUUACCGAGGAUUUAUGCCUGCAAGCCUUGGUGUCGUCACCUACAUUGGGUGCAAUAUUGCCUUCUACGAGUCUUUGCGGCCGGUGUUUGUGCUCUAUGACAGAGAAGACACAAACAACCAGCUUGAAGUACCUGGUCAGAUCUUGUGCGCCACCACGGCGUCGCUAGUAUCACAAUGCAUCUCGUACCCGUUUGACGUCAUUCGGCGGCGUGUUCAGCUACAAGGCGCUAAAUGGCACCCAGAGCUCACGUUCGCAUCGUACAAGAGCACGUGGCAUUGUCUAAAGUUAUCUAUAGAGGCAGAGGGAGGUGGCAUACGAGGUUUACGAUCGCUAUAUCGUGGUUUAUUCGUGAAUGCGGUGAAGUUGCUGCCAUCUACAAUGAUCUCGUUUGUCAGCUACGAGAAGCUGCGUGGAAUGAAGCAUAACGUUGAUGACACAUAG